AUGUCGAUUCCCAACGAGGCUCUCCAGAAGCUCCUCCAGGAGAUUGAGACCCGUGCAGUGGCCUCCCAACAACAAAUCAGCCUCACCAAGACGCACAUGACCGCCAAGCAGCGCGAGAUCCGCAUGUUGCAACUCACAUCGAAGGAGCUAUCGGAACUACCCAGUGAAACCAAUGUCUACGAAGGUUGCGGGAAGAUGUUCGUCAAUGUUCCAAUCAAUACAGUGAACAAGCGCCUUACCCGCGAGAGCGGCGAGGCUGCCACCGAGAUCACGAACCUUGAGAAGAAGUUGCAGUACCAUGAGACGACGAACCAGAAGAGUCGGGAGAAUCUCGAGGCGAUCCUUAAGUCUGGACGGGCUUGA